AUGGACACGGAUGCCCUAAUCUCAAAACCCAAAUCCAGCGUCCUACAGAGACUGUUUCCUGCUGUUUUACCAGUACUUUUCAUAGCAAUUACAUACAUCGAUCCUGGAAAAUGGGUUGCAUCAAUCGAAGUGGUCACUGGAAAAGAUCUUGCACAGAUAUGUAGUUCAGAGUACGAUGCAUUAACGUGUAUCUUCUUAGGGAUCGAAGCCGAACUUUCCAUGAUUGCUUUAGAUCUUUCUAUGAUUUUGGGCGUAGCACAUGGACUUAACUUGAUGUUCGGCAUGGGGUUGUUCACUUGUGUUUUCUUGACUUCUUUCGAUGCUUUUCUAUUCCCUAUUUUCUCCAAUUUGUUGGAGAGUGGUAAAGCUAAGUUUAUGUGCAUGUGUUUAGCAACGGUUGCGUUACUUUCUUAUCUUUUUGGUGUGGUUGUGAGUCAACCGGAUACAUCACUCUCCAUGAGUGGUGGCAUGCUAACAAGAUUUAAUGGGGAAAGUGUUUUGGCAUUGAUUAGUCUUCUUGGUGCAAGUAUUAUGCCUCAUAAUUUUUAUCUUCAUUCAUCUAUUGUGAAGCAAAAUCAGGGACAAGAACAUGUUUCAAAAGGAGCAUUGUGUCUUGAUCAUCUUUUCGCCAUUUCGGGUGUUUUCAGUGGUGUUUUUCUUGUAAAUUAUGUUCUAAUGAACUCAGCAGCAAAUGUUUUCUACAGUUCUGGGCUUGAUUUGCUUACUUUUCAAGAUGCCUUGUCUUUAAUGGAUCAGGUAUUUAGGGGUGUGAUUGGAUCUUUUGCGUUGAUAGUGAUCCUGUUGCUUUCAAAUCAUACUACAGCGUUGACCUGGAAAUUCGGUGGUCAACCUAUUCUUCAUGAUUUCUUCAAAAUCAACAUCCCAGGAUGGUUUCAUCACUCAACAAUCAGAUUCAUCACCAUUAUUCUAGCUCUCUUAUGUUCAUGGCAAUCUGGGGCAGAGGGUACAUAUCAGCUCCUAAUCUUCACUCAGAUUUUGGUGGCUCUUUUGCUUCCAUCAUCUGUGAUUCCCCUUUUUCGGAUUGCAACAUCAAGAUCGGUAAUGGGGGUGAAUAAAAUUUCUAGGGUUCUCGAGUUUUUUGUGUUGAUCACGUUUAUUGGGAUGCUCAGUCUAGCAAUUGUGUUUGUGGUUGAAAUGAUGUUUGGAAACAGCGAUUGGGCAAGUAAUAUCAGAUGGAAUUUAGGCAGUGGUGGAUCGAUUUCAAGUCCUUAUUCUGUCCUUCUUCUCACUGCGUCUCUUUCAUUCUUUCUUAUGCUUUGGCUUGUGGUAACCCCUUUGCAGUCUGCAAGUUCGAAACCAGAAAUUGUUCACGAUUCAUCACUGAAUGAGAGGACCCAACAUGGAAUUGAGCAGGAAACAUCACCGGAGUACCAUUCAGAUUCACAAAAAUCCACUCGUCAGCUUGAUUUGCCUGAAGAAAUCAUGGAACCUGAGAAAGGUUCUCGUUUGACUACCAUAGAUGAACAUUCAUCUGAUAUCUUAUUACCAUCAUCGCCACCAGAGGAAUCAGGAACAGGAACAGCUGUUCCAGGCGUUGAAGAUAGAAGCAACUUGAAAAACCAAGAAUCUGAAUCGAUCGAAAAGACGUUGAGUAUAGACGGGAAUUCACAGAAAGAACAUUCAACAAAUCCAUGGCAGAUAGAAGAAUCACCUAAAGUAGUCUCUGAAACGAACCAUUUAGCAGUAUCACCCGAAGGACCAGGAUCGUUUAGAAGUCUCGGUUUGAAACACGAUGAUGUGGGUAGCGGCACCGGAAGUUGGUCAAAGUUAGCCGGAUUGGGUCGGGCUGCAAGGCGCCAAUUAGCUGCAGUUCUUGACGAAUUUUGGGGCCAACUUUUCGAUUUCCAUGGUGAACCAACGCAGGAAGCAAAAGCAAGAAAACUUGACAAAUUACUCGGAAUCAAUUCUAAGGUGAACAUGAAUUCGAAGGCAACACCACAUCAGAGUGUGCAAACGACUACCGAUUCGAUUUACGGGGUUCACCUGGGCCCAAGCUCGUCUUCAUUGUUAUCGAACCAAAAGCAAAUACUAGACGCGUAUGCACAACGAUCAAAUCUCAAUGUGAUGGACCCUGGUGAAAAGCGAUACCAUAGCCUCCGUCUUCAAUCAUCUUCUAAUGGUCUUCGAAUUCCUCAAGCUUCUGUUGGGUUCGAUGAUCAACCAGCUACUGUUCAUGGGUAUCAAAUCAAGUCUUAUAUGAAUCAAAUGGAGUCACUAACCCCAAAAUCACCAUCAUUUGGUUCUUCAGCAAACUAUAAAGCUCCGUAUUCUUUAACGAAAGGUCUGCAAAACGGUGUGAGCCCAGCAAAGCCACCUGGGUUUCCAGAUCCGGUUGUGUCCAGGAACAGCUCAAUGCAACCAGAAAGGUCAUACCAGAAUCAGUAUCCUGAAACGAUGCAUAGCAAUGUAAACGAGAAGAGAUAUUACAGUAUGCCCUCGCUUCCUCGUGAUGGAACUCUAGGCCGGAAAAUGCAUGAUCUGUCGAUGUAUUCAGGCCCUUCGUAUAAUAGAUCCGGGGCUCCUUCCGCCUAUGCCGGUUCUUACCAGUUAAGUUCAGGAGUAGAUACAUGGUCCAUUUGGUCCAGACAACCUUUCGAACAAUUUGGUGUAGCCGAAAAAUCAAACAACAGUAGGAUGAAUUUAAACAGUCAAGAAAUUGGUUCUGGGGUUGAUUUAGAAGCAAAUCUUCUGAAAUCUUUGAGGCUUUGUAUCGUGAAGCUCUUGAAACUUGAAGGAUCCGAUUGGUUGUUUCAGCAGAACAGUGGUCUUGACGAAGACCUUGUUGACCGCGUAGCCGCUAGGGAGCGGUUCCUGUAUGAAGUCGAGAGUAAGGAGAUGAACGGGGCGCCUCACGGCGGCGAUUCGGGGAUGAAAAUCGAUCUGGUGACCUCGAUUCCCAAUUGUGGGGAAGGUUGUGUCUGGAGGGCUGAUUUGAUAACAAGCUUUGGUGUGUGGUGUAUACAUAGGGUUCUUGAGCUUUCGCUCAUGGAAAGCCGGCCGGAGCUUUGGGGGAAAUACACUUAUGUUCUUAAUCGUCUUCAGGGUAUCCUAGAGCUAGCGUUCUCCAAACCACGGGCCGCAAUGAAUCCAUGUUUCUGUCUGCAACUUCCGACUUCCUACCAGCAGCGAAAGGUGUCUCCGCCGAAAUCAGCAACCAGUCUUCCGCCGCCGGCGAAACAGAGCAAGGGUAGAUGUACGACGGCCGCCAGUCUGUUGGAUAUAGUGAAGGAUGUGGAGAUUGCGAUUUCUUGUAGAAAAGGUCGAACAGGGACUGCGGCGGGUGACGUGGCGUUCCCGAAAGGAAAAGAGAACUUGGCGUCUGUUCUCAAGCGAUAUAAACGGCGGUUGUCGAAUAAGCCGGCAAUGACUCCAGAUGGAUUAAAUGGGCCCCACAAGACUGCCUUGUCAGCAUCUUAUGGGUUGUGAUUGUGAUUGACCCGAAAUGCCCAGUUUUGUUUGGGUUUGGGAGUCGAGAUUAGAAAGGAGGUUGUUGUCGUUAUGUGGUUUGUAAAUGUUUUUACGUGGACGACAAAAAGGAAUCGAUGGUUGAUUUUCUUUCUUUGGAGUUUUGAUGUUGUUGAAGAGGUUAUUGAAGGAAUGGAAUUGGAAACAAAAAAUUAUGCCAAUUAUUCCAAAAUUUUGUCAUUGUUUUUGUAGCGAUUAAUUAAUGAUUUCAUAGUUUUUACCUGUCAA